UCAAAGAGGAUAGACAAAAUGAAUUCUCUUAUUUUAAUUAGUAUUCUGUUUAGUGCUGGUAUAUUAACCCAGUGUGAGGGUCGAGGAGUUGGUAAAAUUCAACGGCGCCAGCAAUUGCAACAUCAUUUGGGAACUGUCAAGCCUGAGACGAGAAUCAUCGGUGGAGUGGAUGCCCCAGUGGCCUUUGCUCCAUAUCAAGUGUCCAUCAUGAGUACCUUUGGCGAACAUGUCUGCGGUGGCAGCAUCAUUGCUGAUCAUUGGAUCCUAACUGCUGCGCAUUGUAUGGAGUGGCCAAUACAGUAUCUGAAAAUUGUGACUGGCAGCAAUGACUACACCAAGCCAGGAGCUGAGUAUCUGGUGGAUGCCGCUAAAAUACAUUGCGGCCACGAUAAACCAGCCUAUCACAAUGAUAUUGCCCUGAUUCACACAGCCAAGCCCAUCGUCUUCGAUUCAGUGACCCAGCCCAUCAAAUUGGCCAGCAAGGGCAGUCUCCCGAGUGCAGGCGAUAAACUUACCCUCACAGGAUGGGGCAGCACAAAGACCUGGGGUCGUUACGCCACUCAAUUGCAGAAAAUCGAACUUUCCUCCAUCACCCACUCCAGAUGUGAGUCAACAGUGCGCAAUGCCAACUGGCUGAGCGAGGGACAUAUCUGCACUUUCACCCAAGAGGGUGAAGGAUCUUGUCAUGGUGAUUCCGGUGGUCCUCUUGUCGAUGAAUCCGGCACUCUGGUCGGUGUGGUCAACUGGGGCGAAGCCUGUGCCAUUGGCUAUCCAGAUGUUUUUGCCAGUGUUGCAUAUUACGGAGAUUGGAUCAAGGAAAUGAUGACGGAUCAGGGAACAGCCUGUUAAGCCAAAUACAUACCUCAUCACCCCAUGGGGUUCAAAAGCCAUAUUGAACAAAAAAAAAUGUAUAUCUAUCGAUAUAUAUAUCAAUUGCCAUAUAAAGGCGGUUGCAAGUCGAUCAAAUUAGACUAUAAAUUUUAUCAUACACCUAUUUCUGACUAGUUGUAAAAUAUUUAUGAACAAAAACAAAAAAAAUUUUAAGCAAA